AUGGCAUUAAAGAUAAAAAGCAGUGGAGCAAAUUCACCACACACGCAAAAGGAUAAAAUGUACCAGAGCGACAACAGAACCUCAACUAGUUUUGCUGUGCCAAUAAGUCUCUUUGAAGGGAAAACAAUCAUGAGCCAUUUCAUUAACCUCAUUGUGCAAUAUCCUAAAAUGGAAUGUCCACUGAGGAUUAUUACUGUAGGACACAGAAAAGUAGGGCACUCGUACGGUGAUUAG